CAACAACACCAGACAAUGAUAUAAAAGCGCCGAAGGCGUUUACUUCCGCCAUUUUGAAUAGUGGCAAAAAGGAACUUGCUCCAUACCGAGCCCUUAUAAAUUUGGUAAAAGUGAAGAUUGAUUUCGUUCACUUCUCUUUCGAAUAUCGAUGUGAAAUUUGCGCGAAGAACGCCGGUAGGAAACAUAUUUGUUGUUGCAAUAAAGACCGUGGAGAGAUGGCUGAGGAGAAAGGAGAAGAAAAUUUUAUCAAGCUUAAAGAAGAUUUCCAAGCAUACUCAAAGAAAAACUUUUGUAUUCCAAAGCAUUAUGAAGAUGAUUUAGAAACUGUUCUUAUUCCACGUGGCUUGGUUAUGGACAGAGUUGAAAGAAUGGCAAGAGACAUCCAUGGUGAAAUGAAGAGUGGGCCAAUUGUUGUCCUUUGUGUGCUAAAAGGAGGCUACCAAUUUAUGAAAGAUCUUUUGCAUUUUAUCAAUGUUUUGAAUGCAAAUUCAGGUCGUUCUUUUCAACUUGGCAUUGAUUUCAUAAGGGUUAAGAGCUAUGUGAAUGAUAAUUCAAAUGGUGAAGUCAAAGUCAUUGGUGGAGAUGAUAUGUCUAACCUUACAGGAAAACAUGUUCUUAUUGUUGAAGAUAUAGUAGAAACAGGAAAAACAAUGGAAAGACUAGUCGCCUUAUUGAAGAAGUCAAAUCCUGCAAGUAUAAAAGUUGCAAGCUUAUUAGUCAAAAGGACAGGGAAACCUUGUGCCUUCACGCCAGAUUAUAUUGGUUUCGAAAUACCAAACUAUUUUGUGGUUGGCUAUGCCUUGGAUUACAACGAGUAUUUCAGGGAUUUAGAUCACAUAUGUGUUCUACCGCCAAGAAGUGUCGACAAAUAUCGAAUGUAGCUAUGCGAUGAAGCAGGCAGGCGUGAUUUUUACCAAUCCGAGAAAUUUAUUUAGAUACAGAUUUUUCAUGAUUUAUGUUUUUGAGAGUGAAAUAAUUUGCGAGAGCCAUGAAUCCGAAUGAACUGAUUAUGGUAGAAAUUCAAAAGGAAAGAUGAUUUUAUAGUUUUUCUUCUGAUCUUCUCAAAA